AGAGGGAAAAAAAAUAUCACCCCAGCGUCACGGAGCGGUGCAGCAGCAGUGUGUUCCUGGUGAACGGAAAGCAGCACCAGCACCUUUUCUAUCCAGCAUCUUCACCAAGCGACACCGAACUCGAGUGGGAACACACGGCUACACUCAGACUGUCCUCCGCCUCCUCAACAUGUCCGUGGGCAGUGACUUUGGAAACCCUUUAAGAAAAUUCAAACUCGUCUUUCUGGGGGAGCAAAGUGUUGGAAAGACGUCUCUGAUCACACGGUUCAUGUAUGACAGCUUUGACAACACAUAUCAGGCCACAAUUGGAAUUGACUUCCUGUCGAAAACCAUGUACUUGGAAGAUCGAACGCUUUCUCUCUCUGAACCCCAGGUGAGGUUGCAGCUCUGGGACACAGCGGGACAAGAGCGCUUCAGGAGCCUCAUUCCUAGUUAUAUACGGGACUCCACUGUGGCUGUGGUGGUCUACGACAUUACAAAUGUUAAUUCAUUCCAGCAGACGUCAAAAUGGAUCGAGGAUGUGAGAACAGAGAGAGGAAGUGAUGUCAUCAUUAUGCUUGUCGGCAAUAAAACAGAUCUGGCAGAUAAGAGGCAAAUUACAAUUGAAGAAGGUGAACAGAGGGCUAAAGAGCUGAGCGUCAUGUUCAUAGAGACCAGCGCCAAGACAGGUUACAACGUCAAACAGCUGUUUCGACGUGUGGCAGCUGCUCUUCCGGGAAUGGAAAGUAUGCAAGAAACAAGCAAAGAAGGGAUGAUCGACAUCAAGUUGGACAAACAGCAGGAGCCCCCGACUACUGAAGGCGGCUGUUCCUGUUAACUCAGCCCCGUGCUGGAUCAAAACGACAUCAUUUACACCACAUGCUUGUUAUGUUGCUUCCUAUUGGUUAACCUGCAGUUGACUUUUGCACGUUGAGAAUCUGGCCUCCUCACCUGACUAUUGGUCAUCGGUUGGAACCAGCAGUAUGUGAAUUUGGUUCUAAAGUAGUGUAGCCUUCUCUGUUAAGGAAACUGCCAACAAGUCUUACAACUUGCAAAAAAAAAGAGAGAAAAAAAGACAAAGAUGUGAAAAAAAAAGAUUCCCAAGUUACAUAUGUAUGUAAGUAGAAAAGGAAGUUCCCCCAGUUUCUUUUUUGUAUUUUUGUAUAUUCAGGGAAAUCUCUCUGGAACGGUUGUUUUUUUAAAAGAUGCAAACAACCAUGCUCUGUAUUUGAGAGCUUAAACAGAUGGUUUUAGACGUAUUUUUAUGGAUCCCACUCUCGUUAUAGGCAAAAAUGGGGAUUACCUAAACAUACCCAGUUUUAAAGGUCCCAUAUUGUAAAAAGUGAGAUGUCUUUUUCGAUUAUAAAGCAGGUUGAGGUACUAUAUAAAUAAAAGUAUCAAAAGGCUCAACCCACAGAGAAAUGUACACAGCCCAUAAUCAGAACCAGUGCCUUUAAACAAGCUGGCUGAAUCUGUACGGUUGUGAUGUCACAACUAUGUAGAAAGUUUAGCAACAGUACCGUUACAGUCAUUCCUCGGCUGCAGUGGCAGUGCAGAGACUCAGAGGGCACAUUUGGAAGACCCAGGCAACACUGACCAAUCGGAGCAGACUGGGCUUUUUUAGGAGGGGGGCUUAAAGAAACAGGCGCUAAAACAAAGCGUUUAAGACAGAGGGUGAAUACAGGUAUAUUCAGACAGACUGUAUGAGAAAAAUAAUGUGUUUAUUGAACAUUAAAGCAUGUAAACAUGUUCUUGUAGAAACCCAAAAUACAAGUAGAAACCUGAAAAUGAGCAUAAUUUGGGACCUUUAAUCUUAAAGCGAAACCACACCUCUCCUGCCCAUAACCCCUGUGGGAUCCAUGACUUUGCGUUGUGAUCGUUACAAUAACAGAACAGUAACUUCUUGAGUAUCUAAUGCAUGCCUAGUUUUUGAGCAUAGGUACUGUCUACCAGUGUACACACGUUUGAAUAUGUAAAUGGUAACAUUACACCAGUGACUUAAUGCACUCUGAUAAUGACUAGUCUUUUUGUUUAAACUGUUGAACUGGAUUUGUAUACUUGACUUCAGAAUAUCUCUUUGUUUUGUGUGUGUGUGUGUGUGUGUGUGUGUGUGUGUGUGUGUGUGUGUGUGUGUGUGUGUGUGUGUGUGUGUGUGUGUGUGUGUGUGUGUGUGUAUAUAAAUGUGUGUGUGCGUGUGUGUGUGUAAAUGUGUGCUUUCUGUAUAGGCAACAUUAGAAUGCAGUUAUAUAGGGGGCCACUGCCAAGUUGUCAUUCUUGCCACAUUAGGGCACCAUUUAGCUCACCAUUUGUUUGCGAUAUGUCCUAGAUCCCCCCCACUCACAGCCAUAUGACAUCUGCCGCUGCAUUGUGUGAUAUCUUGGUAGUUGUGAUUCUGGCAGUCUGCACUGAUGCUGUAGGUGAGCAGUGGCCUUGUGCCACAGAGGAACAUGAACACAAAGUUCCCCGUGUGGUGAUCUGUAGACUUAAACGCCGGUUCUGUGAUCAAAACAGACCGCUAACAUUGUAAACCAGUUCCAUUCCUGACAGAAGACUAAUUUGCACAUAGACCUUUCAGGUGAAUAUGAAGUUAUGAAAAGCUUCAUUGUAAAUGUACAUUCACUUAGUUGAAGAACUGUCUGAUUGUCAUGUGACGUGUGGUUUUCUUUGCUGCUUGUGUUUAAACGGACUACUGAUGUUGGCAUUAUACAAUGUUUUUAGAGCCAGGUAACAUUACAUACUGGUCAGCCAGUGUUGAGAACACUACUUUGAUUUGACUCGUCUUUGAAGUGAAUUCUUACUGCACUUUUGAAGAACAUGUUUUAGAAUUAGUGAGUGACAUUGUAAGUCUUAGAAACAUGGUUAAAUCUUAUGUAUCUCCUAUCUGGAGAACUGUGUCUUAGAGUAGACUCAAACGUUUAUGAAUUGUUCACACAUGUCCAAAAAAGGGGAGCACUCUUGGAAAGAAAAGAAAAAACUAGUGAACCUUUCUAACCCGUAUAAUAAGCCAAAUAGUAAUAAUAAUAAAAAGAGACAGAGUUGGAUCAAAUAUCACAGGAGAUAUUGACUGGAACACACUCUCUUGUGGGUUUGGGAAUGACAACGACAGGUUGCAUUUCAAGUUCUAAUCCCUCGAACUGAAAGAAGAACCAAUGAUGUAUGUCUGUCUUAUCUCCAAACAGGAAAGUACUGCUCCCAUUACGACUACGCAGCCUUGGAAGGAGAGCACUUCUUGAGAAAUGACUCGAUGGGUAUUUAUAUGUAAAUUACAACAAAUAAUGAAUCAGUUCCUAUAGACCUUUCCUUUGUAUUUAUUUCCCUUCCAUAAUAAAGUAGAGUCCCAUUUUAGCAUUCCCUGGAACUGGACCAAGUAGUGCAACAAAUGUCUUAGCGUGUUGGGGGUCUGCGUGCCGUUUGAGGAUGGAGGCCGUGGCCAUUCCCUGGGGGGUGGGGGGUGUAUGUUCUGUCACAGCUCUGUGCAGCAGACCUGAUCAGUCUAGAGCUGGCUCUCCAUUCACACUGUACAGAGAUCUAGCAUGUCUCUCCAAAUGAUUAAUAAAGAUGUCUUAUUACCAACUCAUGCACA